AUGGUAGUAAAGGUGGACUACGACCGCGACUACUAUGCGGACCUUGAGCUACCUUCAACGGCGGAUACCGCUGAGGUGAAGAAGCAGUUCAAGAAGCUUGCCCUCAAAUACCACCCGGAUCGCAACCCAGGAAAAGAAGAGGAGGCCAAGGAUAGGUUCAUCCACAUCCAAGCCGCACAUGAGGUCCUUACCGACCCGUCCAACAAGGCCAAGUACGAUGCCUACCGGAAACGAGGAGGAGCUGCUACGAGCAGGUACUCAACAGCCUCUGGCCACCGCGGAAACCCAUACUCGAACGUCUCGGCCGAUAUGGCAGACAGAUAUGGCGCUCCUCCUACGCGACGAACCCCUCAUAUGCCGUCCCGUGCCGACCCAGGUCCGUCGGCACACGCACGCUACUCGUCUUGGGGGACAGGGACACCAUCGUCCUCCUCAUCUUCACGUCCAGUCCCACCAAAGACGGCAUCUGCUGCCGACAACUUGCGCGCAUGGGAUGCUAUGCGGUCAAGCACCAAGACAGGCCAGACAUCUUCGUCAACGCCCAAGUCGUCGGGUUAUGCGUCAGCACGAACGGAACGGACCGAACGGACCGAAAGUGCCAGGAGGGAGCCGCCUCCAGUACCACCACGGACCGCGGGGCAGGCUCGUCGUGCCGAUGCUGCCUUUGGUACCACCAGACGGGCUGGCUAUUCACCGGAUUCCCCAGUGGGCGACGAGCCAUCUGUGUCGAGACAUAACUACACUUCCAGCGCCCACUACACGGCUACGACCAACAUGUUUGAGGAUACCGCCGCUAACAUCAGGAAAUCACGGCCGCAAUCGUCCCCCACCCCGGUUGACCCUUUGAGCGAGAAGUUUAGUGAGACAUACCUGGACAGCAGACAACGGACCCCAUAUGCCUCCCAUAUCGGCGAAAAGUUCAACCCCUUUGAAGGAGCCAACGUCAACAGAGCAAAGUCCAUGAAAGACCCCUCCCGGCCCACCGAGGAAUCCGAGGAAGAGGUGCCCCCUCCGCGCCCGUCGCGACAACGCAGCGCUAGUGUCGGUGAGUCCAACAGCUUCGGGAAGGCGGCCAACGGCGGGACCACAUCCUCUGGAACCUCAAAAGCUGAGCCGCGAGCCAGCGCGCGAUAUUAUGCCCAGGAAGCUGAACCCAGGUCAGCACCCAAUACAGCAGCCAACCCGACGCCGCGUGCGUCCAGCUCGUCAAUGAGAAGCAACCCGAAUGCUCAACCCGGUACCUCGGAAUCAGCGCAGGAGGGCCCCAAAGUGUACGCUCCAUCUCCUUUCUUUAAACCCGAUGAAUACUUCAAAUCAACCUCCUCUUUCGGUCAACCCAGCAAGAUUCGACCGCCGCAUGUUUUCAGUCAUGCCGGCGCGGGAAGUUACCGCGGAAGAGCUCAUGAAGAUACGGCAAAUAACCGGAAGUCUCAUGGCAGGGAAACUCCGAGUGGAGAUCAGUCGACCUCCGGGGACAUGUCUUCCUUUGAGAAGGAUAUGCACGACCAGCUGCAGCUUCUCCUGGGAAGGCGUAAGAUGCAUUCACGGAGACAGCAUAUAAAGCCGACCGACAACCCCCUCUCGCCUAGGAAGACCAACGUACACAACAGGGUCCAAAAGCAGCGAGCGACUAACAGCGUAUACCCCAAUAGUUUCACCGUCCCCGACGACGAUGGAUACACCCAGAAGCAACAGGCAUCAGGCGACUUCACCCGGAGUGGCGUUCAUAACAUCAACGCCAGCUUUGUGGACCAGGAAAAGGUUGGUGCAGGAUUUCAGUUUAACGCCGGUGGAUCGACCACCAUUCCCGGAGCUGACGCCUUUUCGCGCGCAAAGCAACGAGCACGCUCGGUUCCCCGCGGCCGCCAAUCACCCCUCAAAAAAACUUAUACGUCUUCCAACGAAUCGGUCAGCGGCGCCACUCGUCCGCCGAGCGAGACGAACGAUGCAGGUAAGAAGCCAAGUGCCUUUGACGCCGGUCAAUGGCAAGCAGAAUUCGGUCCGCAUACCUUUGUUCCGCCUCCGACCGCCAAGAAAUCAUCGACUUCGCCUACGAGAAAUGUGCGACCGAUCCGUAAGCCGAGGCCGGUAAAGAUGACUGCGGGCACUGCUGGCCUGGUUGAUGAGGAGGAGACCAGCAGCAGCGAUGGGAAGAGCAGGUCGAACUCGGCAGCUGGUGUCGAUGAAAGCAAUAUCAAUGGAGCGCCUAGCCCUAUGGCCAUGGAUAUCGACGAUCCUCCCCCGCCACCUACUCCGGCACACGCUGUUCCUCCUGCUGCGCCGCCCCCGACUCCCGCUCAUGGCAUUCCCACACACCUGAACGUGAACGGGGCCAGCGCGCGCAAUGUCAACUUGGAGCCAUCCAAGCCUGAAUGGCGCGCCGGCAGCCUCAACAACGGCGUCAAGACAUCCAACGGCACCAGCUCUCGCCGCAGCAGCAGCGCUGCCAACACCACCCACCGGCCCAUCCCCGUUGCCAACGCCGGCUCCGAGGACAGCGACCUCCGCCCCAUUUUCGGGAACUUCGACGUCGAUAAACUCGUCAACCCCGGCACAGGUCUCAACUCGUUUUCGGCGGACCUCAAGUCCAACCUCCCCUUCGAAUCCAGGGCGUCGGCUAAACUCCCGCCCUUCGAGCGCGAAAAGAUCAAGCCGAAGAACAUCAACUUCCCCACCCCGCCCAAGGCGCCCAGCCCACCGGCCGCGCUGGCAACCCCUAGUCAGAUGACCGCCUCGCAGUGGGUGCUGUACGCCGAACAGUUCAAGUUGUACAUCCACCAGUUCAACACCUUCAACGCGCGCGUGGUCGAUCACUUCGCCGCCCGCAAGAUUAAGAACGAGCAAAAGGGCGCUGCGUGGGUCACCCAGCUGGGCGAUAAGGAAUUGUUGGAGUAUCUGGCAUGGAUGGAGGAGGACAAGACGGUGAUGCAGAAGUGGGCUCAAGCCAGGGAGGCACACGAGUUGAACGUGAUGGAGUUCGCGAGGUGGAAGGAGAGGGUGAGGAGCGGUGGUGGUGCUGCUUCCGUGACGGCGGGAGAUGGAACGGGAGGUGGGACGUGA